CUAAACAAGACUCCAUUGUGGAUCAUGUAUUGUAACAACGCUAGACUAGUGGGGGAGAAUCUCAAUUAAAAUACCCCUCGCGUCCCAUUGCAUGAGCAAGUCAGAGGUCGCUCUUACCUUCUCUUUUGAGAAGGAGGAGAAUGCAAUUGCGAUUUCCCCCUAGGUAGGAUAUGAUUGAGCCAAAAUGGCGAAACAAGUUGACCAGUCGCAUAUGACUAGGGGUAUGUGACAGCCCUAUUGGUUGAAGCGACAGUGGCUAGGUCCAAUAAGAAAUGCAUUUACUAUUUAGGGUACCCAAUCGCAUCGCCGCUCACAGAAGCUUUUUUUUGGCAAAAAUACAGGAGUUAGUUUACCAAUAUAAUUUCGGUCUGAUCAACACUGUUGCAAGGUAGCAGUGGCUAGCCGCUCUUUUCAAACAUUUGUGUAACUUCUUUUUGUCAGCCUUUGCAGCUCGAGACCGAGCAGCAUAACUAGCCAGCUUGUUACUACAGUAUUUGAAUUCGACAAGGCUGUUUUGACGUUGGAUAGUUAGCUACAUUCGCUGGUUCGAAAUUUCGAAUAGACCAGACAUCGCAUUUUAAAACGGGUUCAUUUCUUUGCUGAGUCGUUAACUUCACACGGUAGCAAGAAAGCUAUACUUUUUUUUUCUGUGCGGCUAAGUUUAAUAAUAACUAACUAGCUACCGGUUGUCAUUUUUAUUUUGUCAACAAGGCGUGACGUUUGGUUCAACACUAAUUCCGCCUGCAUUAUUUUUGUUGGUGACUUCCAGAAACGUUGGCUAGCAUUUACGUUAGCUUGCAAUCACUGACAGCGAUUGUAACUGCGAGCCAGAAUCAGUCAAGCGAAUUUGACAAAAACUAUUUAGCCAAUAAAUAAGCUAUCAAGCUGAUCAGAGCAGUAUCACAGCGAUAACUGACUUCUGUUAUCGAUAAAUUGCCUUGUGUGAGAUAUCAUCUCUUAUUUUAAUCAUUACCAAAAAAACGUAAUUGAACGUGAAAUAGUUAACGUUAACCCCCAUAAGUAGUUGUGUAUCCAAAUUGACACGAAUUAGCAUCUUUUUUUCGGUGCUAUUGUUGAAAAUGGCGGCGAUCGAAAUGGUGCAGAUGUUGAUCGAAGCAGCAGAAUACCUUGAUCGCAGAGAAAGAGAAGCAGAACAUGGCUAUGCCUCCGUGUUACCGUUCACCAGCAGCAAAGAGAAGGACAGCUUGAAACGGAAAAACAAAAGCAAGAAGAACUCCAAUAGCAGAUCUACACACAACGAGAUGGAGAAAAACCGACGCGCACACCUACGGCUGUGUUUAGAGCGACUGAAAUCCCUCGUUCCAUUGGGACCAGACUCCAACAGGCAUACCACCCUCAGCCUGCUGAUGAGGGCCAAGAAACACAUUGUGAGGUUGGAGGAGAGCGAGCGGAGAGCCCAGCAUACCUUAGACCAGCUGCAGAGAGAGCAGAGGCACCUGCAACGGCGUCUGGAGCAGCUGGGGGUGGAGAGAACACGCAUGGACAGCACAGGAUCCAUUGUCUCCUCCGACAAUCCUGACUCAGACCAGGAGGAGGAGCUGGAUGUGGAUGUGGAGGGGACUGACUACCUGCUGGGGGAUCUGGAGUGGAGCACCAGCAGUGUCAGUGACUCUGAUGAGCGGGGCAGCCUGCGCAGCAGCUGCAGUGACGAGGGCUACUCCAGCGCCAGCCUGCGCCUGCGCAUGCAGAACCAAAACACUCAGGAGAAGGCCGAGCAGCUGGGCUGCAGCCUAUAAGAGCACAGCCCUCAACCUCUGACCCCAGCCCCCAUCCAAUCCCGUCCCUCUAUCGUCCAGUUAACUCCCGUUCUCCAACCAGUCUCUGCCAAUCAGACCUCACUCCCAGCAGGACUGGCCUGUUCUGACCAAGCCCCCUCCUCCUUUCCAGCUGUAUUCCACCUCUUUCCCCCCUGAAACCCCCAAUGCAACACCUCUUAGACAGACACACCCACCGUCCUAUCUCAAUCGUCCAUCGGCCAACCAGAAUGGAGGAUCAGUCUGUGGCACUGCCCAAAUCAGAGCUUUUUGAUGAGUGGGAUUAGGAGGACAAGACGCUCCGUCCGUCCCUUUGUGUCCACCAGCCCUCCCCCUUCCUUCUGUCCUUCCUGCUCUGCUGUCUGUUUCAGUGUAAGCCAAGUAGAGGUGACUGACUUUUCACAUAUCCAUGCAGUGUUCCCCUUCCAGCGUCCGAAAACUUAAGACAGCUAGAGAAUGUGAUUACAACACCACACCUACACCCCACUGCCUCUCUCUCUUGUUCAGAAGCCAUCUGAAGCAAUCCAGUCAUGAUGAGAACCCUGCUCGACCCCCAGCUCUAAAUCCCAUUUUGCCCAUUUCUCCCAUGAGACUGGCCUCUCCAUAGGUGGUGGUACAGACAGCAGAGCUGUGCCACCUGACUAACCAGCUGACCAAUCACAGCAUGGUAUUUUGGAACGGAGUAUAGGAAUGGAUGGUCUUGGUCAAAGAGCUGUGGCGUGGUCAUUUUAAACAAUCUACACUGCAGCUAUUGUAGUAAUGUUAUCAGGUGUAGUCUUUCAGUAAGUCUUUAUGGUAAAUAAUCGUCUACCUGCACUGUCCACGUGAAGCCUCACUGGGAGUUCUACGACGCUAAGCACGGCUGUGACGUCAUCCAUGUUCCACAAACUCUUCGUUGUUGUGGUCGGCAGCAAUACAUCCAUCCCUCUCUUCUCUACCAGGUUUAGCGGCCGGAUACAUACCUCCAUGUUUAUGGCUCUUAUGGGGUGGGGGGGGGG